CUGCCGUCGCCGUCGCAGCUGUCACCAUGAACCCCGACCUGCGCCGCGAGCGGGACGCCGCCAGCUUCAACCCGGAGCUGCUCACGCAUAUGCUGGACAACGGCAUCAGCAACACCCGGCGCCGCCGCGAGAUCGAGAACAUGAUUCUCAGCGACCCCGAAUUCCACCACGAGAACUUGAACUUCCUCUCCCGCAGCCAACGCUACGAGGUGGCCCUGAAGAAGAGCGCCUACAUGGUGAAGAAGAUUAAGGAAUUCGGCAUCGGGGACCCCGAAGAGCUCAUGUGGUUUAAGAGCUUUGUGCACCGAGGGCAUCCCGAGGCCCUGGAUCUUCACUUGGGCAUGUUCCUACCUACCUUACUUCACCAGGCCACAGAAGAACAACAGAGUCGCUUCUUCAUACCCGCCUGGAACUUGGAGAUCAUUGGCACCUAUGCCCAGACGGAGAUGGGCCAUGGAACCCAUCUUCGGGGUCUAGAAACUACGGCCACUUAUGACCCGAAGACCCAGGAGUUCAUUCUCAACAGUCCUACCGUCACCUCCAUCAAGUGGUGGCCAGGGGGCCUUGGGAAGACUUCAAAUCACGCCAUAGUUCUUGCCCAGCUCAUCACCAGGGGCCAAUGCUAUGGAUUACACGCUUUCAUCGUGCCGAUUCGUGAGUUUGGCACCCACAAGCCUUUUCCAGGUAUUACAGUCGGAGACAUUGGCCCCAAGUUUGGCUAUGAGGAGGUCGACAAUGGCUACCUGAAGAUGGACAAUUAUCGCAUCCCCAGGGAGAACAUGUUGAUGAAGUACGCCCAGGUGGAGCCUGACGGCACAUAUGUGAAGCCAGUGAGCGACAAGCUGACAUACGGCACUAUGGUAUUCGUCAGGACCUACCUGGUGGGCUUGGCUGCCAUGUCUCUGUCCAAGGCCUGCACCAUCGCCAUCCGCUACAGCGCUGUGCGACACCAGUCAGAAAUCAAGGCAGGCGAAAAGGAACCACAGAUCUUGGACUUUCAAACCCAGCAAUACAAACUCUUCCCACUCCUGGCCACGGCCUAUGCCUUUAAGUUUGUGGGCUCAUACGUGAGGGAGACCUACUUGCGAGUCAACGGAGAUAUCAGCCAAGGGAACCUGAGUGAGCUGCCCGAGCUCCACGCCCUGGCUGCUGGCCUGAAAGCCUUCACCUCCUGGACUACCGUCGCUGGCAUCGAAGCUUGUCGCAUGGCCUGCGGCGGCCACGGCUACUCACACUGCAGCGGGCUCCCCAACAUUUAUGUCAACUUCUCCCCAGCCUGCACUUUUGAAGGCGAGAACACUGUCAUGAUGCUGCAGACGGCCAGGUUCCUGAUAAAGAGCUACGAGCAAGUGCGCGCCGGCACCCUGGUGGGUGGCACCAUGUCCUACCUGAAUGACCUGCCCAGUCAGCGCAUCCAGCCACAGCAGGUGGCAGCACGGGCCUCCGUGGUGGACCUCAGCAACCCUGACAGCCUCAUGGAUGCCUACAGGCUCCGGGCGGCAAGGUUAGUAGAAGUUGCUGCAAAGAACCUUCAGGCAGAAAUGAGUCACAGAAGCAGCAGGGAGGUGGCCUGGAACCUAACCUCUGUGGACCUCGUUCGAGCAAGCGAGGCACACUGCCACUAUGUGGUGGUCAAACUCUUCACAGAGAAACUCGGCGAGGUUCAAGAGAAGUCCAUCCAGGUGGUGCUUAGGAACCUGUGUCUGCUGUACUCGCUCUAUGGGAUCACCCAGAAGGCCGGGGACUUCCUGCAGGGGGGCAUCAUGACAGACUCGCAGAUCACCCAAGCACACCAGCGUGUCAAGGAGCUGCUGGCUGUGAUCCGACCUGAAGCUGUGGCUUUGGUGGAUGCGUUCGACUACCGGGAUAUGACUUUGGGCUCUGUGCUCGGCCGCUAUGACGGGAAUGUAUAUGAGAACAUGUUUGAGUGGGCCAAGAACUCCCCGAUGAACAAAACAGAGGUCCACGAGUCUUUUCACAAGUACCUGAAACCGCUGCAGUCGAAGCUCUGAAGCAGCGGGGCCAGACCCCGCCUGCCGCCACAGACCUGUACCAGAACCUUGAUUCGCUUCGGAUGCUCUCGAGCCCACGAGAGAAGGACCCCUCUCCUCUUUGAUAAUUGAAGAAAGAAAAAAUUUGAAGAGAUUUCAGAGAUUAAAUGAGAAAUCAGAUAUGUUUUAAGUGCAAUUAGCCAUGAAAGAGCCCUCAGACCUGCGGAGUGCGGCAGGUGGUUAGCGGGACUUAACUACCGAGUAGUUAAUUGUUCUUACACCUCAAUUGCUAAUCACCGGCUCUAGACAUGUUCUUAAGCACUUUUUGAGCCAGGUGCGCACCUUCUCUGCUUUCUAGCUAUGUGGCUUGCCCCUAGCCCAUGGCCUGGCUACAGAGCAGGGUGAAAGAACAGGGCCUGAUGCCAAGAACCUCAUUCAGGCACUCUCUGGGUCCCAGUGCUGUCACCCCCACCCCCACCCCCACCCCGGGCUGGUCUCUCUUCUUGUCUUCCCGGUCUUGCUACCAUUUUCCCAGGGUGAGGGUUUCUGCAGCACAGGCCUUCUGCAGGGUCCUUCCCCAGCAGUCAGGAAAUAGUCUUCCAUUCCAGGGUCUCUCUGGUGGCACAAAACCUCCCUUUGUCCCCUGCUGCUUGGGAAAGGAUUAGGUAGCCAAGUCACGGCUACAUCUGCCUUCAGGCAAAGGAAGGGACUUCAGCCUGUGGAUGCCCAAGGAACCAGCAAACAAUUAACUCUUUAAGGACUCUCUGUCAGGGCUGUGCCUACUUGAUGGCCAUAUUAUUUGGAUUUCCUGGAAUAGUCCAGGCUUCAACUAGUCUGUCAUCUUGGCAUAAACCAUUAAGAAGCUUGCCAAUUACAUUAUUAAAAGCUCUGUUUGGGUCAACUUUAUACCUAUGAGUAUUGCAGAAACUUUUCAGAAAAUACAAUCACUGAAAGCAGAGCAAAAGAAAGCAGUUAGUUCCAUAGAAUCUUAUUUCUUAGCAUAGAUUUGGCUUUGUAUUCAGUUUGUUUCUAAGAGCUUGGUAGGAAUUGCAAAACUGUCCUUACAAUGGAGAUCUAAUUUGCACAAUCACGCUAUACUUAAAAGUUUCAUGUAUACCUCUUAAUGAUUUUUUUUCUUAAAAUCAAUGCUAUACAGCGCAUGAGUUUGACUUUUUCUUUAAGGCCUUUAACUGUGUCUUGACAUUGUCUCAUCAGGCCACUUGUCCUAGACUCAAUGUUUAUUAUAAUUUAGUGGAAAUGCAGUUCCUAUCUUGGGGCCUGUCUUAAUUCAGUCCCUGUGGAACUGGUAAUACAAGUCCAGCAGAAAUAUUGACAAGAAGCCUUAAUAUUUUCAACUGAUUAAUGGUGUUAAGUUGAUAUAAACAAAAAACAGCACUGUGUUACUCCUAUCAGGAUAUAUUUGGACAGUAGCUUAGGAUCUUGGAAAUAGAGACUUACCUUAAAUUGAGUGGUCAAGUGCUUGACUCCUAGAUGAAUGUCUGAGAACGUUUAAAAUUUACAUCUACCUAACUUAGCUGUGAAGAUGCACACUUGACCCUCGCAGGUUUGAGUAGCAGAUGAUGGACAGUCUCUUCCUCUACACCUUGAGUUUUCUUUCAGAAUGAAACCAAAGGAGCCAGCGCCAUACUGCAGUGGGUAGAGUGCUUUCCUUGAAUGCAGCUGAUCCUGGUUUGACCCCUACUACCCGAGUUGGUUCCUUGAGAACCGCUGGGUGUAGGCAAAAUAAGUAAAUAAACAUGACAUUUGGUACUAAUUUAAUUGACAUGAAAUGUUUUGUCUUGAACUCAUUCAGUGUCAUUAAAGAAUAAAACCUCAACUUGUGCCGUCAA